AUGUUGAAAGAUGCACAUGAGUUUCUCUGCUUUCAAUACGCAUCUACCUCCCGUGUAACCUUAGAAAGGCUGCCUACACUUGGUCCCAUACAGUCCUUUUGUUCGACUCGUGUUGGGGACACCACUUGGCAUAUUUGCGGAGACAGUCAAGGGUGGAUCUAUACCAGGCAAAUUCCGAAUACCCAAUGUGUUGGUGAUUUGCACCGUUGGACAGCGGACCCUAUUAUGAGGUCCUCUGACCCAAUAUCCUCAAUAUCUGCAUCAGGAUCACAUUGCGUAAUUUCUUGUUUGGGACCUGGGAAGGUGAUGGUGCAAAAUAUGCUUGAUCCAGAGCUUCUCUUUUUGUUAAAAUUCAACUCUCUUAACGACAUAUGGACUUGCCACCUUCAAGGAUCCUCUUUGAUUCUAGGGGCCAGCAGAAAGGCUGCUUAUAUUUCUGAUAUUGAUGUUUCAAGAGUACCUGAGCAUUUGGCCACCGGUAGCGAUGUUUUCUCUAUCACUCGACAAAAUUCCCUAGUGUAUACAGGUUCACGAACAGGGAGCAUACAUCGUUUUGACCUCCGUACAUCCAAAAACAGAAGUCACAUUCUUUUUGACGAUCGCUUUGGAACAUCUCCUAGAAGUUCUGUUGUUCACUUAGAUAUGAUUCGAGAUCAUGAAUUGCUAACGAGUCAUUCCAAUGGAGACCUUCUUACAUACGACGUUCGAUUUACGACGAAGUCUACCAAAUCAUUUCCUGUUAAAUCCUUUGAAGGGCAUGUCAACUCAUAUACUCAUAAUCUAGGAAUAGCAGUCGACCAUGAACGAGAUCUACUAUACGCAGCAGGUCAAGACAACCAUAUACGAGCUUGGUCAUUGCGCACAGGCUUGCCACUGGCACCUCAAAUAACAAACAAACGCGGAAACCCUCUCACUACUGCGUUUUCUGACCCGAUAUUUUCUUUGCAAGUUGCGGACGAGGCUGGAAAAGAUGGUGUUUCCCUAUGGGCGACUUCGGGUCGUGAGCUGUACGAAUUCCAUCUAGGACAGCGUGGAUUAGGGCCUAAGGGUUGA